AUUGUGAAUUGCAUUGAUUAAAGAAGUAGCAUUAGUUUACAAUCUUUACAUUUCAAUGGUGCAUAUAAACAAAAUAAAUUUUUAAUAAAAUUGCAUUUAUUCAAUUCAUUCAUUAAAAUUGUGCAAAAGAAGAUUAAAAAUGUCAUAUUUCCGGAAAAAGAGCACUAGCACGACUGAAAGCAGUUCCAGCUCAUCUUCCGGUAGUUCCUCCAGUGGCAGUACUAGCUGCUCUAAUUCUGGCAGUAGUUCUUCGGAUACUGAAUCAAGUAGUUCUGCUGAUGAGAAAAGUGGAGUUGACGAAGUUCCCGCUGCAACGAAAAACCAAGUAAAUACACGUCGUAAGAGUUCCGAGUUCAAAACCACUACAAAAACAGAUAAUACCGAGAAGGCCGCAUCUAGUCAGCAAGCUUCCACUAAAACGCGACCAACUAACAGUAACACCACAUCUUUGCGACAAACUCGUGUAAGCAACCAAUCAAGUGAUGAAGAACUUCCGCUCAGCAAAAAGUCAACAAGACCAGCAACAACAAACAAUGCAACACAAAAGCGUAAACUUUCAGCGUCAAGUGCAUUGGCAACUCAAAGUCAAGGUAAUCAACGUCCAACUGGCGGCAAGGCACCGCAAAGCAAUUCUGGAAGGUUAACUUCGCAGACCUCCAAAAACUCCGGUAUUAAUACGAAGUCACAUAACAAUUCUGCCAAUAAUGAUACGGGUUCAGAUGCCAAGAAAAACACGUCUGCCAGAUCACCACAAAGAUCAGAUGACUCAGAUAGAGAGGUAUUUCCACCUAAUCGGAAUAAGCCUGAACGUAAAGGUCAAGUAAAACUCUCAGCACAGGCUGGUACUGCAACAGUAGCAAACAACUCGGAUAAUCGCCCGAAACCAGCAAAACCUAAAGUGCAGCCUAAGCGUAAUGUAGUGUCGAAAAGUAAGAAUAAAAGUUCAGAUGAAGACGAAGAGGAUGAAGAAGAUUCAGAAUCAGAAAGUGGCAAAUCCACUACUUCAAGUGAGUCGGAAGGAACUGAAAGUAGUAACUCCUACGAUACGCAACCAGUGAAAUCGGUUAAAGGAAAACGAGCGCCUACCGCGGCAAAAAUCACGAACUCAGACUCAGAUGAUGAAGCUCCACGUAAACUGACUCGUUCGCUUAGUACACGUCGUUCCAGGCAACAACAAAAGACAUCUACUGGAAUCGGUGGCGUUUCAGAUAGUGAAUCUGAAGAUUUAGAUUUAGAGAAGCAUUCUCUAACUAAGAGUCCGGCUAAACGUUGUGUCUCUACCACUGGCGGUAGUAAAUGCAAGGUAAAGAAGGAGACUGGCAUUUUCGGCUCAGCACCGGCCAAACCACGUUCAUUAUCACCACCACAGCAGUUAGAGAAAAAGUGUCCCAUAGAAGGUUGUGAUUCCUCAGGACAUUUGAGCGGAAAUUUAGACAGACAUUUUUUACCUGAAGCCUGCCCGAUUUACCACAAUAUGUCGGCAUCCGAGUGUAAGGAACGCGCUAACGAACGAAAACUACGAAAUGAACGGCGCGUGAAUACGAAUGAUACCAACGCAAGUAAUGCUGACGGGAAUACUCAAAAAAUUCGCACUCCCGAACAAAAUGAGUUCUUGACGAAAAUUCGUGAGUCACGAACCAGAUUUCGUCCAAUUGCUGCGGCCAUAAAUACCGAGAAGGUUAAACUUGAAAAGGACUGCACCGAUGAGGAUCGUGAGCCCAGCCUAAUAGGCUUAGUACCCGAUUACGAUCUGCAAAUGUUUCGAGAUGCUCAAGCAAUAGCAUCGGAAAAAGUCGAAGAUGAAUUGAAAGAUCUGCCUGUGGGAAAAGGCAUUAAAUAUAUAACAAUGGGUAAAUACAAGAUGAAAGUUUGGUAUCAAUCUCCCUAUCCGGACGAUGCUGCGCGUCUACCUCAAAUGUAUAUUUGCGAGUUCUGCUUAAGAUAUCAAAAAUCCGAGACUGGCAUUAAACGGCAUGCCGAGAAGUGUGUGUGGCGUCAUCCGCCCGGUGAUGAAAUCUAUCGAAAAGGCAAAUUGCAAGUGUGGCAAGUUGACGGUAAACGACACAAACAAUACUGCCAACAUCUCUGUCUCUUGGCGAAAUUCUUCUUGGACCAUAAAACACUGUACUAUGAUGUGGAACCAUUCCUUUUUUACAUAAUGACCUUGGCGGAUGUGGAUGGUUGCCACACAGUUGGAUACUUUAGUAAGGAAAAGAACUCAUUUUACAACGUGUCGUGCAUUUUAACACUCCCGCCUUAUCAACGGAAGGGCUACGGACGUCUACUGAUAGACUUCAGUUACCUAUUGACCAGAGUGGAGGGCAAGAUUGGUUCGCCGGAAAAACCGUUAUCGGACUUGGGUUUGAUAUCCUAUCGGUCCUAUUGGAAAGAUGUGCUGCUGGACUAUCUGUGCACGCGCACCGGAAAUACCUUGAGCAUCAAAGAUGUGUCGCAGGAAACGGCAAUAUAUUCAUACGAUAUCGUGAGCACCUUGCAAGCUUUAGGCAUGAUGAAGUAUUGGAAAGGCAAGCAUAUUGUACUUAAGAAGCAAGAUGUACUCGACGAAUAUGAGAAGCGCGUUAAGCAGCGAGGCAAUUUUCCGAAAAUCGACGACAGUUGUCUGCGCUGGAGCCCGUUUGUGCCAACCCAAACUAAUAACUCUCCAUAAUAGUAGGUUUUAACUUCGCGUACGGAGGCGAUAGUCAUCAUCUACGUACACUGAUUAUAAUAUAUAC